AAUGGAGCCUGGUCGUGUCCUGGGAGCUGUGGCCAUGCUGGUGGCACUGGUGGUGCUGAGAGCCCAGCCGGGCUGUGGCGAGAAGACCACAGGGUUUUUCCAGGAGGUGUCUGAGCACAAAUGCCAGUUCUUCAAUGGCUCGGAGCGGGUGAGGUUCAUCAACCGGUUCAUCUACAACGGGCAGCAGUACUUGCACUUUGACAGUGACCUGGGGCUCGCUGUGGCUGACCUGCCCAUGGGGGAGGCUACUGCCGAGCACUGGAACAGCCAAUCAGACAUACUGGAGUACUUGCAGGGAUCAGUGGAAAGGUUCUGUCGGCACAACUACGAGGUGCACAAGCCUUUUACUGUGGAGAGGAGAGCUCAGCCCAAGGUGACAGUGACCCUGGUGCAGUCGAGCUCCCUGCCCGAGAGCAAGAGCCUGGCUUGCUACGUGACAGGGUUCUACCCAGCAGAGGUGGAGGUGAAGUGGUUGAGGAAUGGUCAGGAGGAGACAGACCAGGUGGUGUCCACUGAUGUGAUGCAGAAUGGAGACUGGACCUACCAGGUGCUGGUGAUGCUGGAAGCCCCCCCAGAGCGUGGGGACACCUACGUGUGCCAGGUGGAGCACGCCAGCCUGCAGCACCCCAUCAGCCAGCCCUGGGAGCUGCAGGGGGAUGCAGGACGCAGCAAGAUGCUGACAGGGGUGGGAGGCUUUGUGCUGGGCUUGGUCUUCCUGGCGCUGGGGCUCUGCAUCUACCUGCGCAAGAAGGUGAGCUGA